AUGCUCCAGAAACCAGCCAUACUGUUGGCCCUGUUGGCGUUGUCAUGGGAACUGGCCAACGCCCAGUCCAACACCUGUCCAAAGGGGUGCUGGUGUACAGGCCGGACGGUGUACUGCAACCACCAGCACCUGACGGCCAUCCCGACCAACAUUCCUGACAACACCACUCAGCUCAACCUGCACGCUAACAACCUGUCUGUGGUCCCUUCAGAUGCCUUCGAGAAACACGAUCAGCUCAGCCUUGUGUAUCUCCACUCCAACAACAUCGUGGCUAUCGAGGACGGCGCGUUCUCCGGCCUGACGAACCUGAUGUACCUGUACCUGUCCGAGAACAAACUCACCAAGCUCACGGCGGGGACGUUUGGAGGCCUAAACAAUCUUGUUUACCUGUUCCUUGAUAACAACUUUAUCGGUAACGUGGAGAGCGGGACGUUCAGUAUCCUGACCAACCUGGUGUUCCUCCACCUCCGCUACAACAACCUCACGGCGCUGCACAACGGCACGUUCCUGGGUCCAACCCGACUCAACUCGCUCUACCUCAGCGGUAACUGCAUCUCAUACGUGGCUCCGGGAGCCUUCUCGGGUCUCCAGGCGCUCCGCUAUCUCUACCUGGACAACAACUGUCUCACCGAGCUGCCCGCCACGUCCUUCGAGGUCCUGUCGGGGUUGUACCGUCUGGAGCUGUCGUCCAACCCCAUCACAACCCUUCCCGACGGGAGUUUCAAGUACAUGAACCUCCUCAAGUAUCUCCUGAUGGAAGACAUGGCGCUGGCUAAGAUAGAGAAGAGGGCUUUCGUCGGUCUGAGCGAUCUGAAGUACAUCUUUUUGCAAAACAACAACCUGGUUACGAUGGAUCCGGAGGUGUUCCGGCCGCUAAAGAGGGUUCAGGAACUGGAGCUGAACAAUAACCAGUUGGAGGAGUUACCGCCAGAGGGCCUUGCGAUGAUGCGUGACUUGACCGUACUGGACGUGUUCAACAACAGUCUCCAGUCGUUGGACAGUAGCGUGUUCCCCACACUGCGGUACCUGCACACGCUCAACCUGGACACCAACCCCUGGAACUGUACCUGUCAGCUCAAACACUUCAGACAGUUCCUUGAGAACACGUACGUGCGCGCACACCUGAAAUGUGCCUCACCUGCCCAGCUGGCGGAAAGGGACUUGAAGACAGUCACUGACGACGAACUUGGCUGCCCGAAGAUUGCCUCCACCCUAGAGGCUACCACAAGUACUGCACCCCCCACCAAACCUCAAACAUCUCGCACCAUAACCCAAGCGCCUGUCACAGCCAGAGAACAAUCCGUUACACUUAGCGCUGUGACAAAAAUGAAACCGCCGCCGAAGAAGACGGUCCCCCCUCCUCAUCAAACCCCGCCGCCGGGAAAGACGACCGAGUCUACCCGGAGACCCGCGGAUGCUGACCCGCCUGGGGAUCUGCCCGUUACCCCUCCCCAUAGCGACUGCUUCAUGUACACGCUCUUCCCCAGCGUGACUAACAUCAGCUCCGGGAGCAUCACAUUGCAGUGGGUCUCCACCUUCCCGUACCCAGACAGGUUCCAUAUCCAGUACAAGCCGUUCGGGCCCAGGUACAAGUGGCGGUCUCUGGACGUGAAGCCUGACGUCACCCAGUUUGUCAUGACGUCACUCAUGGCGGACACGAUGUACAUCUUCUGUGUGGAGGUGUCUCUGCACGGGUUGCGGUGUUCGCACAUCCAGCGGAGUCAGUGCGUGGAGGACGCCACCCGCCCGGCCCAGCCCAGUCAGCCGGCGGCGGCGCGCGGCGGAGGGAAGACCGACCUGGCGCCCAUCCUGGUCGGCGUGGCGGUGGCGAUGGUGGUCUUCACCGGCUGCACCGUCCUCGGCAUCUUCUGGAUCCGUCGCCGGCAGAAUCAAUUCAGAAGACACAAGUUUGAGGAUACAGUGUCGUCCGCAGGUAGCGACACCUGUUCCCAUGGAAGCUACAACGUGACCUGUGACCCCGUGAACUGUGACCCGGCCGACGCGCCCCAGCCGUCGGCCUGCAGUUCCGUGCGCGACAGCAUGGUGGAGUCUGAUAUCGGCACCAGCCCGACCGACAAGGACCAGCUCAUCUCCGAUGAUGACGAAGACCCAAAGAAGAAGACCCAGGAGGACAUCCAGCCGUAUUUCCUACCCAGGACCAGCACUACUCACGUAGCUGACACUUUCGUCUGAGCAAAAAACUUUACAUCAUACUUUGACCUGAGCAUGAAAGUUCAUCUAAGUUGGUAAAUUACAUUAUGAAAAACUUAAAACUGUUCUC